UCCGGACCGCAUUCGUCUUCAGCCCGAGCAAUCGCACGUCCCUGAUGGACCAUCCCGGCUGGAACGCCGUCAGCAAACUCUGCCAGAGGCCCUACUGAAACACAGUCUGGAUCGUGCAGGAGAUUUGCCUCGCGAAACGCCUUGCCAUCAAGUGUGGCGCGAGCCAGAUUCCCUGGAAGCUCAUCUCGGAGUUGCGCUCCGCGAGGAAGCACAUCUGGCCUCAGUACCUCUCCGAAGGAGAGCGGUUGUUUGUCCGGAGCAAUACGGCACGCAUCGACCAACAGCGCGAGAUGCGCAAGAGGAAUGGUUGUGUCCUGUGGAGGCUGCUCGAGACCUUCCGAGACUCGCUAUGCAAAGAAAUACACGAUAAGGUCUACGGGUUCCUAGGCCUUUUUAGCGACUGCGACGCACAGAGGAUCCCCGUCGAUUACCCCAAGUCCGUCUUCGAGAUUUACGAAGAUGUCAUGUGCUUCUAUCACAGCAAGUUUCGAGGCCGGACGGGCAUCGAACCACCUCUUGGUGCGCAGCUAGCCCGGCUAAGCGAGUUCCUCCAGGAGUUGCUUGGGCUCGGCCAUGGGUCCGAGUUGGCACCGCCUUUUGCAUGUUCUAUGCCUCGAUCUUCUAUAGUGGAAAUAUCUGCAACCCGCGUUUUUGUUGUAGAGGGAUUCCUCGAUGCGAAAUUGGCCGUGCCAUACAGAGCAUUGGAGUUGGCUGAGUUCCUCCAGGGUACCAUCCCGUACUCUCAUUUAGGGCACUGGCGUAGCGUCAUCAGCCCCGACGUUGGCGAGGUCUAUGCGAUUCGCAAUUCUCAGGCUGCGCUCCUGUGCCAUGUUGAAAUAAGUCAGGCAGUUGUCAUCAGUGCCAAUAGCACUGCCAAUGCCAGUGCCGUGGCGAGAAACAAGCGGGUCUUUUACGCGCGUCCACCGACACCGGCCACACACAUAGCCUCCACAGUGAGGAACCGAUACGUUAUUGGCAUCUGCCCGGGAGGGAGUCGGCUCGGCGACGUUGCCUGCACUUUUCUGGAGAGCCGCCUAGCGUUGGUUUUCAGGCCAGCCUCUGCCACAACUCACGCCCUGAACGAGCCGGGUCACAGAGGUCUUCACGGAGGCGGUUUUGUUCUUGUUGGUCGUGCCGUUGUCGAUCUCUCAAGCGACGAAAACCUCCACCCCUACAGGGCCCUGCUCAACCCCGAUAAGACGGUGGAUGUAAUCCAGGUUCAAACCGACACAACCUCCGACUGGGAACAAGACCCGCCAUGACCGGCAACCGUCUCCAUCGACCUGGAACCGCUGCUGCUUGUCACAAGACCUGAGACUCAUCAUUAUUCGCGAGGGUUUGCGAAGGCCAAGCUAAGUCUCCUGCCUGAGCCUCAUAAGAAUCCGCUAUCGGCAGCGCCAGUUCACGACGAGAUAGAAAAGGAGGGCAAAACCCGCAGC